CCCAACUCGAAGCUUCAACGUCAAUUCACACCAGAUUAUCUUUCCUGAAUCCAAGACGAGGAAAUACUUGGACCGAAGCUCUUACUCAGAAUGAAUGCCUGCGCCUACUGUAAAAAUGGAAAACGGAAAUGCGACAAAGCACGACCUUCGUGUUCCAACUGUAUACGCCUCCAUAGAACCUGUAUCUACACAGAAGAUGCGGUUCAGGUCAAUUUUCCCACUACUCUUUCAGGGCAACAAGACCCUGCUAGCAGAUCUGUUCCGAUAGCCGAAGACAUGCAUGCAUUUGAGCUCCCAGGAUCACGUUUUGCUCGCUCCAUCUCAGCUCUUGGUCCAAUGAACCAGAUGCCGCUACGGCAGUCCAUGAUAGAUCUCACAGUGAGAGCCGAAGCACUUCAGAUAUUGGGAUCAUUGGGCAAGAUGAACGAAAUAGCGGCACAAUUCUUCGUUGGCACCCACCAAAGGAUGUCAAUACUAUCCAAAUCUAGGUUCUACAGGAGCCUUCAAACUAUAAAUGCCGAACCAAAAGCUGACUUCUUAACACUAUGCCUAUGCAUGUAUCUAAUUGAGCAGAUUCCUUUGCACCAACCAAUGAACAUGCAGUCAACUACCUAUAUUAUUAUAAAAAGUUUGCUUGGUAUGCUCGAAGCGGCAGAACAAAUAUCACUCGAUAUCGUCCAAGCCAGAACACUUGUAACCUGCUAUGAGAUAGGCCAUGGCCUUCAUACAGCGGCCUGUAUCUCAGUUGCUGCGUGUGCAAAAACAGCUCGAGCUCUUGGUAUCCAUAAACAAAUGCGUCGCAACACAAAUAAUGGAGUCGACGGGCUCAUCGCAGAGGAGGAAAAGAGAACAUGGUGGGCGAUAAUGAAUAUGGACCGAUUUGUUGGACUGUGUAGUGGCGACUUCUUAUUUUCGACGGAGGACCCUGAGGGAUUGGAUCCGCUUCCAGUUGAAGAUUUGCUAUGGUCGCAGGAUGGUGAUCCAGUAGACUUGAGAGCUUCGAUCCUCGGCGCACCCACGCUUGCCACGCCUCCAACACAGUCCGUGGGGCAGAUGGCUCGAGAGUGUCAGGUCUCUCACCUGGCUGGCCGGGUGAUCCGACACACCACCAAUCCCACAUCUGAUCCCAGCUUCAAUGCGGAGGAAGCGAUACAGCUUGAACGUACAUUGCAGACUAUUCUGUUGUUGCUGAUUGAUGAGGAUUUGACUUAUGGAAGAUAUUGUGGAGCCCUUGGAAUCUGUGACAGCGCUCUUUUCACACUUUACGAAUUCCUACUUGGCCGCUGCGAUGAACAUGGGCCAGAAAAAGUCAGAAUACUCGAGUCUAUGCAAGAAUUGUCAGAGAGAGCUGUCAUGUUUGCAGAAGCUGGCUACGCAGAUAAAGAAACAUUUUAUCUCGAGACUCUUUCACCUUUCCUCCCAUACUGUCUUUAUCAAGCUGGAAUCGUGCAGUACAGGCUGUGGAAACAAAAGGGCGAUUCAAUUCACAAAGUGCGGCUUGAUGCCCUCUCACAUCUUCUGAGAGGAAAUGGCAAGCGAUGGGCUGUUGCAGCAACAUACUUGGAUGUUUUGGAAAGAUUGCAAGAAUCCUGGCCACCUAUAGUGACUCCAUCUUAUCUGCUGAGCUUUGGAGAACAGGCUUCAGUCCUAUCAAGAGAAGUCUAGACCAUCCAAACACUAUUGAUUGCAGACAUGUGAUAUCAAUAAUAGAAGGGCGAGUUGAUGAGUAUUGGAGCUUUGCGUUCCGGCUGGCUUAUCCUUCAAAUAAUUGUGUAAGAGUCAUGCUUGAACAAAAUUUGAAGGCGUUAACGCUUGCUUGUCUUUUACAUGCAUAUUGCGAUUGUAAAGUAGUUUGGCUCGAAGUCUUCUCCAUAGAUCCAAGUGAAACUUGGAAAUUUAAGGCUGAAAGAGUAUAUGCUGGUC